UAUUACUAAUAAUUGAAGUUAGAGAGUCGUAUAUAGAAUUGGAUCUAUUUGUAGACUCAUCCUCAAAAACACUAUUUUUAUUUUCUUUGAUUCUGUGGUCUGUAAAUCAUGGCUACACAAGGUCAAGUCAUCACCUGCAAAGCUGCGGUGGCCUGGGAACCCAACAAGCCUUUGGUGAUUGAGGAUGUGCAGGUGGCUCCACCGCAAGCCGGUGAAGUCCGGGUUAAAGUUUUGUAUACUGCUCUCUGCCACACCGAUGCUUAUACCUGGAGUGGCAAGGAUCCUGAGGGUCUCUUCCCAUGUGUUCUUGGUCAUGAGGCUGCGGGGAUAGUAGAAAGUGUUGGUGAGGGAGUGACUGAGGUUCAGCCAGGAGACCAUGUUAUACCUUGCUACCAGGCAGAAUGCAGAGAAUGCAAGUUCUGCAAAUCAGGGAAGACCAAUCUUUGUGGUAAAGUAAGGGCUGCUACUGGAGUGGGAGUUAUGAUGAACGACCGUAAGAGUCGAUUUUCUAUCAAUGGAAAACCGAUCUAUCAUUUCAUGGGAACUUCAACCUUCAGUCAGUACACUGUUGUCCAUGAUGUUAGUGUUGCAAAGAUUGACCCAGUAGCUCCUCUGGAGAAAGUCUGCCUUCUUGGAUGUGGUGUUCCAACUGGCCUUGGAGCUGUUUGGAACACUGCAAAAGUUGAACCAGGUUCCAUUGUUGCCGUCUUUGGCCUGGGAACAGUUGGUCUUGCUGUGGCGGAGGGUGCAAAAGCUGCUGGUGCUUCACGAAUCAUUGGAAUUGAUAUUGACAGCAAAAAGUUUGAUAGAGCCAAAAAUUUUGGUGUGACUGAAUUCAUUAAUCCCAAGGAGCAUGAGCAACCCAUUCAGCAAGUCAUUGUGGAUCUUACAGAUGGUGGUGUUGAUUACAGUUUUGAGUGCAUAGGAAAUGUCUCUGUUAUGAGGUCUGCUUUAGAGUGUUGUCACAAGGGUUGGGGAACCUCAGUGAUUGUAGGUGUUGCUGCUUCUGGUCAGGAGAUAUCUACACGUCCAUUUCAGCUGGUGACUGGUCGUGUUUGGAAGGGAACUGCUUUUGGUGGUUUCAAAAGCCGAUCACAAGUUCCUUCCCUCGUGGACAAGUAUUUAAAGAAGGAAAUCAAGGUGGAUGAAUACAUCACUCAUAACUUGACACUUGCGGACAUAAACAAAGCUUUCGACCUGAUGCAUGACGGGGACUGCCUCCGUGUUGUCCUGGAUAUGUUUGUAUGAAUGAAGUCUGUAGGCUCUUUAUGUUGCUUACUUUAUGUUUUUGUGCUAUAUCUCAGACACUAUUUACCUUUUCCCUUCCUAAUUAUGUGUUGAAUAAAAAGAAAGAGAGAAAAAAAGGAUCAAGAGGACAGAUGAACUCUUUUUAAAUGGAUGGUAGUUUAUUAUCUUUUCAAGUAAAAUGUUCUACUUUGAAGGCUAAAAUCAUCAUUACUGGUUUUAGAGUUUGGCAUAAACCAUUGCCAUGUUUGC